AUGAAGGCAACUUCGCUGCGAGUGUCGACUAUGUCCAGCCUUGUUGCCGUUGCAGCAUUUGCGAGCGGCGCACUUGGCGACACCAGUUUGUGCGUCCAGUCGACCAGCGAGGACUCCAAGUGCACCAAGGCGGGGCACGUGACGAUCGACGUCUCACAGAACGGCUGCUACUCCAGUUGCCAGGCGUACAACACGCAGAGCGUCGACACUCACGACAGCGACUGCACGACUCCGAGUAAAACCCUCUACGCGGCCUUCUUGGCCGACGGCAAGUGCCACCGAUUCAAAACCGGCUACGUGCAGGUUGUUCUGGGCAAGGACGGCACAAUGUGGGCGCUAGUGUCGGACGUUGGCUGUGAGGCCAGCUUGUUGACGUCGUACUCGUUGUAUUCGUUCAAGACGACGCACCUGGACAACGGAGACUGCGUCUCCCCCGGCUCUGGGACCUCGUUCAAAGCCACCUUUUCGGGAACCCUCCCGGCGGCUACGACGGUCAUCACUGGAACAGAAUCGACAGAUACAACCGGGUCGACGUCAACAACAUCGUCGACUACCACAGACGUGUCCACAGCGCACACGACAGCCACUUCUUCAGCGGCUUCAACUCUGGGGGAUGUUCGACUUGUGACUGCCAUGGCGGGAUUCAUUUCCGGCAUUUUGCUAAUAGGAGUGUAG